GACUAGUAAUAGAGAGGUCGACUGAUCUGAGCUCAUGACAUGACGGUCAUGAGGUCGUUGGGUAGGUAGAUCUAGAUCUACACAGGAAAAAUCCGCUACAACUAUUACUUAGCUAUGAUCACAAUUACCAGAGAGCGAGAGUCGCGUAAGUAUUUUUGAAGGGGGUGGUUAGUUUCGCCUUCAUGUACAGUAGCAGCUACUGCAUCAGUUACUACAAGAGUAGUGCCAGCAACAAGUACUCGUAAAGACUUUCCGUGGCCCUCCGCUGAGUAGAUCUACGAGUGGGAAGUGCACUAGUGACCAGUUUUGUGACUAGGACAGCCUGGCUGAUGCAACCAUGCCCACUGCUGAAGUGUAUCCUGCCAUGAAGCUUCCAAUGCGCAUAUGGAUCGCCGUGACUGGUGUUAUGGCCAAUGUGCAAGCCGUGCAGUGCUUCUUUGGCAGUCCAACAUUCCUCGCUGAGCGUAUCUACACACAACAGCCAGAACAAGUUACACCGCUCACAGCACGUCUAUUUGGUGCAUGGAUUCUACUAGCGGGCGGUCUGCGACUGGGGUGUGCAUACAACAUCCAUAACAACCACCUAUACAACGCUACCCUUUAUUCGUACAUCUUGGCGUUUGGUCACUUCUCUACUGAGCUGGCUGUGUACAAAACAGCUGAUGUGAACUUUGGUACUGUCGCACCUCUCCUAGUGUCAGGGUUUUCCAUUCUGUGGAUGCUGAUUGGCCUGCGGUCUUUUCAAAAGUCUCAAAGCAAGACAAGCUGAUCUUCUAAUGUCUUCAGGGGAAGGGGAAGAGAACAUGUGGCAUUGCCACUCGCCUUGUCAUCUCGUGGCUCCUGGUAUUCCACCACUACAGCAGUACUUUUCGGGUUGUGGAAUUCACUCACAGCCAUAGGCAGCCAUUCACAGUGACUACACUGUGCGGCAGUCCAGCGUGUGGAUGCUGCUUGGUAUCUCUAUGUCAUGUGACAUUCUAUUCUUGUUAUAUGCUUGGUAAUUUAUUGUAGUUGAACCCGUCGUUGUCACCCAUCCAGUGUCUUGGCUGUAGCUGUCCCACGUCAGUACAUGUAAAUCCCCAUGCGAGCACGAUGAAGAUGUUCCCUUGAUAGUUGCAUAACAUGCUGGCUCGGAUACUGAGAUAGUUAUGAGAAAGUUAGGAUGAAAGACCACAUGUACAUUGUACAUUGUGUGUAAAUUUGUACACAGCUAUCAACCUACUGGAUUGUGUACUAUGACUCAACGAGACAAUCAUAUCUUGCAAAACAGUGGUCUCGAUGUCAGUGGAUGCACCAUCUGACUACAAUUAUUAUUAUAUCUCUUGCACAGCUGCGGGCCAGUUGAAUGCAGGCAUCUUCAUGCAGAACUGGAAUGCUCUAAGCCUCUUAUCAAAGCAAGAGAUGCUGUAGAGAACCGCUGCCACCCAAACUAUUGCGUAUUGCCUGCACUGCCGGUGAUAACUGUGGUCUGCAGCAAGUCAAAUGAUCUCAUCGUAUCCAGUCUGAAUUUGUUUGUGAAAGCUCA